AUGAAGUUGGUGUUCACACUUCAAGAUGAAAUUGGAAGGAACAACCAUGAUCCGUCAAGGCGUAUUUGAGCGCAGCGCACUCGUUUCGCAAACGGGCGGGGCCUAAAUAGAGUAUCCUACGCUAUUACCCCUCCCGCUGCGCUUAUCGCCCCCUUACAGUGACGAGUUUUGGUGGGAGAACCCUGGAGGAUCGAGGCCUGUGAGAGCUUGGGGGCCAGGGGUAUCACCAGCCAUCGAAUGCAAUGUACUCGUAUACGUACAUACGUACAGUAUAUACAUCCACACAUAGCACCCUACAGCAACCUACUUCCCUCGAUCUAUGACUUAUAUUGGGCUUCAAAAGAUUGUUUGCCCAAUCUGCCCAACCCCUCUCGCGACCUAUCAUCCCAUAGCCCGAAUCGCCUCAUCGUUCGUCGGCGUUUGUUCAACGUCGGAUUCGCCUUACCUGCAAUUACUAUAGGCCUGCAUCAUGCAGUGGCUGCCCUGAGAGUUGCCAAUCAAAGUCAGCAGCUGAGGGACGGGACCUGCGAACCACGCCCUAUCCCAUACGAACAGAUGUUCCUCAAUAUAUCGCUCUCCCUCCCUCUCAGAAGUGCAAGCAAUUUCACUGCCCAACCUCUUCCAUCUUGGUGGCGUGAGAAGGUCGGCAAUGGCACAUUCGGAUGGUGGCAGAAGAAGAGUUACGCGCCGACACAGUUACAGCGAUUGGGACGAUGGACCACCAACGAAAUCCAGCGGCAAGGAGAGGGUCACAUUGGAACGAGAGAUCCCUGGAGUGCGGAGAGUGAGGGUAGAAAGACAGGAUGCCGACGAGGACAUCCAUCGACGCGCAUCGCAUUCGAAAAUGAACUCCGAGUCCUAUGCGACACUACCAAGCCAGAAGAGUACGAGCCGUAGAAGGAGGAGACAUCAUCAUGAAAGUCCAGAGGAUGGGCAUCGUCGCAGACGGAGGGAUUCCAAUUCGAGGGGCGAGUCGCCAGCAUCAUUUCAUGAUGGCAGACCUUCGAAUAGAUCACGACAUUCGAGAACAACACCACCCGAGACAAAGAAACACGAUUCGGAAUCCGAGACUAGCGAGUCGGAAAAGGAGAUUGUGGUGAUGUCGAGGAAGUCCGAGUCGAUCAAAGACCCACCAAAAGUGCACAAAAUCAGGAUUGUUCGUGUCUCGGAAGAAGAGUAUAGGGCUGCGAAGACCAAGGAGCACAUACUUAAGAGUGACAGGAAGUCGAAGGUCAAGGAAGUUAAGAAGGAGGAUGAAACUUUACGAAGGUCUCGGUCACAUCGUCCCAGGCGGGCGUCUGAAGGAGUAGUUUCGUCAUCACCUAGAAGGUAAAUAUUGCGAUAUGCAUGUGGGAAAGUAGAAGCUAACAUAAGUGACUUAGGACGACAUCUACUCGAGAAGUGACAGUGAAAGCGGCUCCUGCUCUCAAGAGAAGUCAUACAACAAGCUCGCAUGUACCUUCCACCAAGCAUGCACCAUCUUUGGGGACUACAUCUACACAUGCAACAAAUCGAAGGUCAACAGGGCUUUUGAGUACCUUUUUUGCUCCAGUAGUUCAACAGCGCCACGAACCUGAGCGAUUGUAAGAUUAUCGUAAUAUAAUUCUCAUGAGACUUGCUGACAGCAUUCAGGGUUGAAUGUUUGACCUGUCUAUCUGGUGAUAUUCCAAGAUCUAAAUCUGCAAAGUUAAAAUGUGGUCACCGAAUGUGCCAUUCUUGCUUGAAACGUAUAUUCAAAUUAUCAGUUACUGAUCCCCAACACAUGCCACCAAAAUGUUGUACCGCAGAUUUCAUACCUCUCAAACAUGUUGACAGACUAUUUAACAAUGAUUUCAAACGGAACUGGAAUCGCAAGUUUCAAGAAUAUUCCACCAAGAAUCGCAUUUACUGCCCACAGCGACGAUGUGGCGAGUGGAUCAAACCUGGAAAUAUCCAUAAAGAAGAUGGGAAGAAGCUUGGAAAGUGUAGUCGUUGCAAGACCAAGGUUUGUUGUUUAUGCAAUGGGAAAUGGCACGGUUCUCGGGAUUGUCCAAAAGAUGAAGAGACCAACAAACUUUUGGCGGCGGCUAAGGAUGCUGGCUGGCAACGGUGUUAUAGUUGUCGAACCAUGGUCGAGCUGAAGGAGGGUUGCAACCAUAUGACUUGGUAAGUCUUCAUAGAGCCAGAUCUUUGGAACCGACUAACAACUAGCAGUCGCUGUACAGCCGAGUUUUGUAUGUGCUGUGGCCUCAAAUGGAAAACUUGCAACUGUCCCUGGUUCAACUACGAGGCCGUAGAAGAGGAUCGCCUGAAUCAUAUGCAAGUUCCCCAAGAGAUACACAUAAACCAAAAUGACCCUCCACCACCACCACCCCCCGAUCGUCCUCCCAUUCGUGAUCGCCUCCGUCGUCCUCGUCCCAAUACAUACUAUGAUGAAAUCAACGAGCGUCAACGACAAGAACGCGAAGAUGAAGCACUCGCCCGUCGGCUCCAGAACUUCAACGUCGAUGAACACGAUGAUGACUACCAAGGUGGUAUCGGUGAUAUUCAUGGUAUUGGAAAUGCAGCAGGUCAUUUCAUGAAUGAUAAUUACGUAAGGGUAGCACAUAAUCUUUUCACUGGAACAUUAGAGCAAGCCUCUGCAGCGGCGAAUUAUGUGCUGGGUGUUCGACAAGCGAGAGGAGGACCGCCACCACCACCGUCUGGAGUACCGAGGAGGAGAAUGUCGGAUAGAUAUCCUGCCGUUCCUCCGCCUGCACCUGUCCCUCCGGUUCAAAAUCAGACCCAGAAUGUUCCUCCCGCUACUGCACCGCCGGUAUUAAGACGUCACACUCUCACGGAACGAAGAUACAAUACCGCUGCAUCGACAAGACCCUCCGAACGCGUGGUUCCUCGGCGCGAACGCACGGAUUAUGAGGCCGAAGCGGCGGUGCAUAUGCCCCUACCGUACACAAGGAGGAUGGAGAGGAAGGUCAGCACCAGGGGCGUCUCGAGGGUGAUUCCUGAGAGGACGUCUGCGCCUAGGACGCCUGAGAGGGAGGCGAGACAGAGUGAGAGGAGUGAGAGGAGUCCGAAGACGAGUGUGCUUGCAGGAUUGGGUAGUGGGAGGGGGAAUAAUCGGGUGCAGGCUUGGAGGAAUCAUGUGAGUCCUGGGUUGGAGGUUGAGGAGGGGGUUUUGGGGGGGAUCUUUGAUUGA